CUGCAUGUCGACUCACUAUUUCGAAAAGCGCCCUCUGGUGACAUAUGUGCCAGCUGCCAAGUAUGGAGGUCGCCACACAGUCACAAUGAUUGCGGGAGAUGGUCUUGGACCCGAGUUGAUGGGCCAUGUCAAGCAGGUCUUCAGGGCUGCUGCUGUGCCGGUUGACUUUGAAGAGGUUCUAUUGGACUCGCAACACGACAGCGAGGAGGAUCUGGACAAUGCUGUGCUGGCUGUCAAACGUAACAAGGUGGCGCUGAAAGGAAACGUGGAGACGCAUCACGCUGAGCCCGGCUUCAUCUCGCACAACCUGCUGCUGCGUGUGAGGCUCGACCUGCAGGCAAACAUCGUGCACUGCCGCAGCGUGCCGGGCGUGCGCUCGCGCCAUGCUGACAUCGACGUCGUCGUCAUUCGCGAGAACACCGAGGGCGAGUACAAGAGCCUUGAGCAUGAGAAUGUUCCGGGUGUCGUGGAGAGUUUGAAGAUUAUCACCAGAGAACAUUCUGAAAGCAUCGCUCACUAUGCUUUUCAAUACGCGCUCGACCACGGACGCAAAAAAGUCACAGCCGUGCACAAAGCUAACAUUAUGAAGCUGGCUGACGGUAUGUUCCUCGACUCCUGCCGUCGCGUCGCCGCGCAGUAUCCCAGCGUCCAGUUCCAGGACAUGAUCGUCGACAAUACCUGCAUGCAGCUCGUCUCCCGACCGCAGCAGUUCGACGUUAUGGUGAUGCCGAAUCUCUACGGAAACAUUGUCGCAAACAUUGGCGUCGGAAUCGCUGGCGGAGACGGACUCACUGCCGGCGCAAACAUCGGACCGCAGUACGCCAUCUUCGAAACGAUUAAUUUCCGCGUUGUUUUUUAUGGCAAACUGGAACUCGAGGACUCGAGCUCAGAACUCGCGGUGGUGUGGUACUCGGACUCGGACUCGGACUCGGAAGCUCGGAUGGCGCGGCACUCGGCACUCGAACUCGGCUCGGGGAAAGCCCAUCCCAACAUCCUGCGCGACCCAGCAACAGUAUUUCCAUUCUGCGCUCCCGUCGGCGCAACCUCCGCUUCGUCGGCCGUCGUCGUCGUCGGCGGCGGCGGUGACGAUGCGGUCGACUGGCCGAUGUUCAGCGAAACUCUGGCGGCAGGCGUCACACCGCGUCCUCCUGUAUCGUGCGCGUUAAGUCUGGACCUGCGAAGAGAAGUAGAAUUAUUAUGA